UGCCUUUUUAAAAACCCUUCCUUCAUUUUAAUCAUGGACGAUACCAAAGGUAAAAUGUUCAUAAGUCGAUGAUCAUCAAUAAAAUGAAUACUCAAUAGUUUUAUUUUUAGAAUGAAUCUGAGAACAACUUAUACAGCAUUUUUGUGGUUUAAUUUACGGCUUUCUAUUCUAUCACAAAUAAAACUAAUAACAUUUCUUUUAGUCCAAAACACAAUAUGUAUUUAGUAUUCUUCAACUUUACAGAUUUAAAAAAAAAAUCGCAUACCAGUUAUUAAUCAUUUGUUAAAACUUGAUCAUUAUACCCAGCUGGUAUGAAAUAUGAAAUUUAUUGAAUAACCAUAUUUAAUUUUGCGUUAAUUUUUUCUGGGCACUUCAAGGCAUGCUGAAAAACGGAAAGAGGGCGAAAGUCUAGUGGUGAAUUUGCAUCAAGAAAUAGAGCUGUUCAUUUCUCUGCCAAAAGUAUGGAUGCAAGAAAAGGCCGGAAAAGUGUGACCAAGGAUUUAGUUCAAAACCGGAACAGAAAAGGUUGUUUCGAAACGCUCAGUUCAGCAAGAGAAAAAGGAAGAGUGAAAUAUUUGCAAGCAUCUGUAAAAGACUUCCUUAUUUUUUUACUGUUCAUGACAAUCACAUUAAUGACUGUAGUUCUGUAUGAAGAAAAACCAUCUUCUCAUUUUUUUCAAGUUGUUAGACAUCUUGUAGUUACACCUAAGUUCCUUACUCCUGGCGGUUUACCAAAAUCUUUCACCCAGAUAAAAUUAAUUGAUGAAAUUUGGAACUACUUUGAUUGGAUUUUGUUACCUGCCAUCUAUAAUACCUCGUAUACACACAAAGACAGAUUACAAAAAGAUGUUUAUGAAGAGAAAACCGAUGAAAACUUGACUAAUUUAAUAUGGGAAAAUGUUUUAGUAGGAAAUGCAAGAAUUAGACAGGUGCGAGUUAAAAACGAUUCUUGUUCGAUUCCUAAAACAUUCGAGCAUAUUUACAACUCAUGUUUCUACUACUAUAAUCCAAUUUCAAAAGAUAAUGCACCAUUUGGACUUCAAAAUUCAUCCAUUUGGACUUAUAAUGAUGCAGAGAAGACUAAAUCGUACAAUUACUUUGGUACGGUUUCUCAUUAUGAUGGUGGAGGGUAUUUUUUAGAUCUUCCGUAUGCAUACACCCAUGCUAAACAUUUCAUUACUGAAAUGUUUAACAAUACUUGGAUUGAUCAAGCCACGAGGGCGAUUUUUAUCGAUUUUACUAUUUAUUCACUUGUGUCUAAUCUUUUCUGCCCCGUGAAGCUCGUUUUGGAGCUUCCACCUUCUGGUGGAGUGAUGACAAAAUAUCAUAUCAAGCCUACAAAACUAUCAAGUUAUACGACCAAGUGGGAUUUUAUGAGACUGGGUUUAGAACUUGCUGUAUUACUAUUUAUCAUCUAUUAUAUCAUACAAGAAAUUAACGAGUUUAUCAUUCUUAAAAUAAAAUACUGUGUGACUUUUUCCAAUAUGCUAAAUCUCGUUAUUAUACUGGUUGGUUUAAUUUUUCUUUUCACAGUUGUAUAUCGAUUUGUUAUAGUUCGACAUUUUAAGAACUUCGUGCUAUCCAUUUUGCCCGGCCAUGUAGAAUUUGACACGGUCACAUACGUUCAACAAGUUUACGAAGCCAAUCUCGGUCUUUUGGCAUGUAUCGUAUGCAUAAAAUUUGUACGAUUUGCCUAUUUAACGAGAGAAGGAGCGUUUAUAAUUCACAGUUGGGAAAAGGUGAAAGAAGAGUUGUUGAUAGUUAUAGCCAUGUUUCUUCUAGUUGUGUUUGGCUUCGCAUUAUUUGCACAUAUUCUGUUUGGUGCUCAUGUCGAAAAAUUCAGUACAAUCGGUAAAUCUGUGUUCACGCUGAUCUCUCAGAUUGCUGGGGGAAAAUUUUAUUACAAAGAAUGCACUAAGGCCAGGCCGAUUUUCACCCUGAUGUUUUACAUUGUGUAUACAUUCUUAGUUGUUUUCAUUUUUAUGAAUUGGAUCAUUGCAUUAUUUUGUCAUGGUAUGGCGCUUACGGCUAGAGAACACGGUAUCGACAGGGAUUCCUGGCGCGAGUUUUUCAUUACCGACACGGUCUUCAACUGUUGGUUUCGGCUCAUGAAAUUGUUCAGAAAAGAUGAAGCAGUUGAAAAAAUGCGAAAGGCCGAGAAAUUGCACAAGUAUAAAACAGAUUUUGAAAUCAUAACUAUCUUACUAAAAAGAAAUGGAUUUUUAUGGCUGGAAAGGAUACUGUUCAUGAGGCGCCACAAAAUAAACACAGAUUCCCAUUUAAGCGAGAAACAAAUGAAUGAUAUUGUGGCCGAUAUAAAUGGAAUAAGUAAUUUAUAUUCUGAAGUUCAAGAACAUGAUUCCAUAAUGGAAUUCAUAAACAUGUUACAAAGAAGAAUAGAAGAAGUUGAACAUAACAUGGCAGACAUAGUUGUAAAAGUGGAUGUCCUCAUUGACAAAAUGACGUUCCAAGAAGAUCACAAAAAGCUAGAUGAACAGAAGAGGAUGAAAGAAAAGAAAAUGAAUUGAGUUGGUGUUCAUUUUUGUUUAUAUGUGCCACAAUAAUGUAGUUUAUUAAUA